UACUGUACAAAAGCGGGGGGUGAUAUCCUAUAUAUUGAGAAGGAGUUGCCGACAGACAUCAGUAGACAUCAACCUGCUAUCAUGUACAAGUUGGUCCUUUUGUCGUGCUUGGCUCUCGCCUAUUCCGCCCCCCAGGGCCCAUCCACGGAACCCAUCCCGAUCCUUAAAUACGAGAACAACGUCAACUUCGACGGAACAUACAACUGGGAAUACGAAACCGGUAACGGCAUUGCCGCCAAGGAAAGCGGCUUCGUCAAAAAUUUCGGCCAGGGAGAGCCCAACGAAGUGCAGACGGCCCAGGGGUCUUUCUCCUACACAGCUCCAGACGGUCAGGUCAUCCAGUUGACCUACACCGCCGACGAGAACGGCUUUGUUCCCCAGGGAGCUCAUCUCCCGACUCCUCCUCCAGUACCGGAGGCCAUCCAGAGGGCACUCGACUAUCUCGCCACACUCCCUUCCACGCCGGAAACUCCCCAAGGUUAAAUGAACAAACUGUGCCAAAAAUCUUUGUAAAAUCUUUGUAAUAAACUCCGCUUUGUAAAGCUAAAA